GACUAUUUGGUGCAGUGUGCACAGUUCGGCAAUGGGCGGGGUGCAUGUGACACCGUUUGGACCGGCUACUUCUAUGAUGGGCUCUGGCACCUCGCCGCCAUUUUGCAUGCGUACCUCACCGUGGAGAACCACUCCGUAGCAGACCUUGCAACUGAGUCAUCUCGACAAGCCCUGUACGACUUGUCUCUUCGUCAAGACUACCUGGGUGUCACAGGUCGAGUACGUCAGUUCAACGACGUUGACCCGGUGACUGAUCCACCGUCUUACGGAGACCGAGACGGGGUCAACCUGUUGCGCCAAAUCACCGGAAGUACAGGCAAUGAGUUCUCAGAUUUGGCUUACCGUGCCAGCGAUGGCAUCCAAUGGCUCGCAGAUAUCCGUUGGAGCCCAACGGACGGCACCAAAAUCGUUCCUUGCAGGACUGGGUCUUGCGACAUGAGCAUGGCUUUCGUGCCGUCAGACCGGAUUAGUCAAUGCCAGGCAGGCUCAGUGUUCUCGGUACAGCUAGAAUGCAUCGAAUGCGAGUCCGGCAAGUAUGCAAAUGCUGGUGCGGAAGCCUGUGCUCCGUGUGGAGUCGGUACUUUUGCAAACGAGAGUGGUGUGGCAAGUUGCCAUGCUUGCGACAAGGGCAGUUUCAGCAAUGUUCUGGGAGCGGAUGCAUGUGAGCUGUGCGGUCGAGGAUUUUAUGCAGACAACACCUCCUCCACAUCUUGCACCCGAUGCCCUUUGAGCACGUAUGGCCCGGAGAAAGGGCUGGAGUUGUGCUCUGCCUGUCCUGCCGGGCGAAGCACCGUUUUCGCUGGUGCUAUUGACGUGGAGGCAUGUCAGUGUGCGGGUGAGUUGUGGGAGGGUCGGUGUGUCCAAUGCCAGGGCAACACUCGCUAUGAGGCUGGCCAGUGCCUUGAUUGUCAGGAGGGUUUGGAGUGUGAUGGCAAGCAAAGUGCACAGCUUCUGCCUGGCUACUACUCGGAUCCUUCCUUGCCUUUUGAUGUCUACAAGUGCUUGCCUCCGGAAUUCUGUCCCGGCGGUGAUCCCGGAGAGUGCAGAGGCGGUCUGAUUGGCGUGCCUUGCACGCACUGUCCGACCGGGCAAGCCUGGGGGGCGGACGAAUGCAGGGACUGCACGUCUCUCAGCGUUGCUGGAUGGUUCGUGGCAGCCGUGCUGGCUAUGAUUGGCAUACCCGCAUGCUAUUACUUCCUCAACACAAAGCAGACUGCCAAGGCAACGACCCUCCUUGCAACGUCUUGCGUGCUUGCCAUGACCAUAAGCAUGUUGCAAAAUGUGGGCAUCAUUGGCUACAUCUCGUUCUCGUGGCCACGUCAAUUGCAAUGGCUUUUCGACUUGCUCAGCAUUUUCACUCUCGACUUGCAGGCUGUGGGCUUUGACUGUGUGUCACAUUCCCCCGUAACUGGCUACGUGCUGAUCGCAGCGGCUCUGCCGUCUGCAAUUAUUUGGCUUGUCCUGAGCAGCUUACUCAGCAGAGCCCUCCCGAGCAAGUUUGCUUUCGAAAGCGCGAAGCUGAUCAGCACUAUGGGCCAGUUCAUGCAGGUCAGCUUCACAAUCUACAGCAAAGUCGCUCUUUCACCCAUGAUGUGCUACUCGCACCCAAACGGCAAACUUGGCAUGCUCGAGCACAAUGGAAUCUUUUGCUUUUCGAGCACCGAGCACACGCCCAUGUUUGUGACAGGGUUGCUGGUGCUUGCAAUGAUGACGUCGUUCUACGCCAUGACCAUUUGGGCAACCAUCAAGGCACCCUUGAAAGCCGCUGGCGGCAAUGGCUGGUUCCUUUCAGCAACUCGAUUUUUGCUGUUCCGCUUCCGUGCUGACUGCUGGUGGUUUGGCACUUUCAUGUUGCCCCGUGGCUUGCUUCUGUCUCUAGCUAUCGUCCUGGCCGGGGACAGUCCAUACAUCCAGAUGCUGCUGAUUGUGUCCACAAUGCUCCUGUACAUGAUUGUGCAGCUGAUCUCUUGGCCCUGGAAACUUCCAGCGCUGAAUGCCUUUGAUGCGAUCAUCAGUGCAUCUCUUAUCCUUAUGAUGGCAAUUCUGGGAGCAUUUGCCCCGGCGAUUGCCGAGCACACUUUGGAGCAGUUAACCAGCGCGGUCAUUGGGAUAGUGGUCAUGCUCAACGGAAUUGUCCUGAUCAUGUUGGGGAUAACAGCUUCUGCUUUGAUUCGUUUGAAUGCCAUGGGUGGCUCUCAAGAGUCCUGCCUUUUGGCCUUGGGACGCGUGCCGGAUCCGACGGAGCUGACGGAGAAACUGUUUGUCCUUUGCAACAAGAUUGAGGAGCUUGGAACGGCAGGUCUCUCUCAUGUCCUUGCGAAUCUGUCGGUGUAUGACUUGCGGAUGACACAGCAGAUCGUCACCGCAGUCGGAUCGGAGAUUGGUGAGCAAAGCCUAGUGCUAACAGCUCGCUCGCAAUUGAUGUCCACCGUCUCCGUGCCAUCGACCAAGGAGCCCACGCCACCGAAGCAGAUGAAUCGUGGUAAUAUCAAAUCGUUGUCUGACGAGGCCUCCAAAGCCGUGAGUAAGGGUGCGCCACGGCUUUUGGCACCGCGGGCUGUGCUGCCAGACAUUUUGCCACUGAGUGCUGUGUGGACGGGAGGCUUCGUGAUGUUCAACGCAGCAGCCCUGUACAUGAGUCCGGGCAUGGUCAACGUCAUUCGUUGCAUGGAGCCUGUGGCUACCGUCUGCGUGGGAGCUGGCUUGGGGCAGCGGUUUUCGUGGCAGGUGCUAGCCACACUUGUGCCCAUAUGCGGCGGAGUUGCCAUGGCAUCACUGACCUCCGGAGGCCUUUCUACCACCGGCAUUUGCCUUGCCAUGAUUUCAAACGUGGCAUUCUGCUGCCGGUCCUUCUGCUUGCAACGGCUUCGACGCAACCCGCAGAACAAGCUUGAUGAUUUGGCCGUUUUCUUCAACGUCAGCUGGACAGCAACUUUGGUCUUACCUCUUCUGCAGAUUCCUCUGGAGGGUUCCCAGGUGCUUCCGACGUUGCAGGGCUUGGCUCCGGACCAGUUAUGGAUCUUCGCAGCGGAUAUGCUUGCGAGCAGCACGUUCUUCUUCUUGUACCAGUUUGUCCAGUUGCUCGUGAUGACCCAGCUCAGCCCGCUGGCCUUCUCCGUGUUGACGCCUGUGGUGAAGGCCUUGAUGAUUGUGGUGCUGACCGCUUAUUACGGAGAUGAAAUGAGCCUGCUGAAGGCACUGGGCUGCGUCCUGUCCGUGGGCGGUGGCUACCUGUUCACGCUUGCAAAGAGCAGCAGUGAACGGAGCACGGCCGUCCGCAAGAAGACAUCCUGA